AUGACAACAUGUCAAAUUUACUUUCCAAGGGAUGUCGAACUACUGGAUGCUAUUUGCGCAUCUAUCGAGUUUACUCCGAUCCAAGGUUGGGGAGAGAAUUUGGAUUUGUCAAGCGCGGCCGGGGAUCUGGUGUGUUUGCUGCAGGCGGAAGGUGGACACGACGUGAGACUUUUUGCUUCCCGGGCCGUUGGACGGGCGCAUCGCAUGAUGAUAAUCAAUUCACCUGCAUGCAUCAAUCAUCAGUCUAGAUCCUCUGGCCUGCUUUUCUCUUCCAGAUCGCGUAUGCACGCCUGCAUCAUCCAGACAAAUCAUUUCCUUUUCAAGUUAUGCACAAAAGGCUACUGGAGCUACGUUCCGAUACUCCGCCAUGGAGAAACACCUUGUGAUGCAUUUCCAGCUGGGGAAAGCCCACAUCGUGACCUCGUCCGCGUGUUCUCCAAGAUCCGCAGCGCGAUACCUAUCCCUGUCUCGACCACAUAUACCGAAGAACAAAAUGGCUCGAACGUGUUUCGACCGAUAUCUGCCGUAUAUUUGACGACAAUUUCAGAUGCCAUCGGUCGGUGA